AUGCGUCUCCAAAAGUUUCUCGUCGUUCUCUCUUCUCUCACUGUCGUUGGAAUUUCAGCACCAGUAGUUUCACAAGAAGGAAACUUCGAGAUCAUUGAGCGCAAUGAACCUAACGCUCUAAUCCUCGCCCGACAUGGCACCGAGACCGACGUUCACUACAUCUCAACAAUCGCCGAAAACGACGCAGCCGCAGCUACAGACAAAACAAUCGAGCGGGCUCUUGGUCGCAAAAGCAUAGAUGAACCCAACGAGAAAAAGCGUGGAGACGAAACAAUCGAACGAGCUCUCAGCCGCAAAAACAUAGAUACCUCUAACGAAAUUAUCCCUCCAACACUUGUGUCAAAUCAGAAAAAGCGUGGAGACGAAACAAUCGUCUGGGUUCCACCACCACCGACUUCGAAGAUUCCUGAAAGGCGAGGUGAUGAAACGGUAGUUUGGGUACAACCGCCACCAACGCCAAAGAUUCCUAUGUAA